UAAUCCAAAUUGGGUUUAGAUAUUUCAUCUCUUUCUUUCAUUCUUUCUUUUUAUGUGUUUCUAAUUCAAUUAUUUCUUCUUCAUUCCUUAUUGUUUAUAUAUAUAUAAACAGAAAAUCAAACUCUUUCAAUCUUCAUCUUUUUAUCCACUUCAAAUUGUGGCCUCAAACGACUCACUGAGCUUCAUCUCUCUCUGAAUCGGAGCUUUGAAGCUGUCAUUAAUGGCGGCAACCAACGCACCCAUCUUUGCAUCUUCCUUUCCAACUUCUCUCCCCAUUACAACCCAACGCAGAGGAGAAUCAUGCCCACAAUCUACUCGAACUUUAGGUUCUGGUAUCUCUGGUUCGUCGUUUUCGAAAUGCCUUCCGAACAAUAAAGAUGUCAGAUUUAGGACUGUGAGGAAGGUGAAUGCUGCUGUGGCUGUUGAAGCAUCUCCAGCAGAGGAAAUGACAGAGAUCAAACUUCCAUCUUGGACUUUGUUUGAACUUGGAAAGGCUCCGGUUUACUGGAAAACUGUGAACGGUCUACCCCCUACCGCAGGGGAGAAGCUCAAGCUUUUUUAUAAUCCAGCUGCUACCAACCUGGCUCCAAACGACGAUUUUGGGAUUGCUUUUAAUGGAGGGUUUAAUCAGCCAAUAAUGUGUGGUGGGGAGCCAAGGGCUAUGCUUAGGAAAGAUCGAGGCAAAGCUGAUGGACCAAUAUACACCAUCCAAAUAUGCAUUCCGAAGCACGCUAUAAACUUGAUCUUCUCAUUCACAAACGGUACCGAUUGGGAUGGUCCUUACAGACUGCAGUUUCAAGUUCCCAAGGCUUGGCAAAACAAACCAAUCGACUUUUUCAAUCAGGGUCUAGCUGAAGAGUUGAGUAAAGAAGGUGCGUGUGACAGAGCGAUAUUUCCAGAUACAAGCGUUGUUGUAACAAGAUGUGCAAUGAUUGGCAAUCUUACUGUGGAAGGGGGUGACCGUUGUGAUCUUAAUCUUGUACUAGGCUGCACAGAUCCUAGUUCGCACUUAUUCAACCCACUUGCCAAUGUAGAUGAUGGAUCUUGUCCAAUUGAUACAGAUACUGAGGACUAAUCUACCUUCUCUCUGUUCUCUUGCACCUCAUCGUUCAUCGAAUUCACGUUGUAUGAGGCACUGCAAAGGCAUUUCUGCAAAUGUAAGAAGUGUUGUUGGGCGGUAUGGACAUCAUUUUUAGCCAAGCUGAUUGUAGUCCAUCCCAUCAAGCAGAAAGCAAUUUUGCAUCUUCUAUUGGUAGAUGAAAAAACUAAAAAGUAACCCUACAUCUAUGUAUAUUUGUAAAGAAAAACUUCAUUAAUACGUAAAAUUCAAAUUGAAAGUUGUUUACUGUUAGGAUUUUAAUGGAUAAAUAUAUAUACUAUAUAUAAAUCAUCAAUUUGCAUUAACGCCAAA